GUGGUAGUACGGGAUACUACGUUGGGCGUCCACAAGAAAUGCCGUCGAUACGUGUAUCGAGUUUUUGCACGACAGCCGUGGUACGCCAGGCAACAGAAAAAUUCGUGCUCAGAUAUAAAACAUCUACAAUCAAUUCUUUAUUUCUACGGACUCGAGACGUAUUAGAACAUAUAAUUCGAUCUCAAACGAAUUCGGCUUAACCUUAUUUUACAUCUCCCCGUUUCUCUCUCUCAUUCUUUUUCUCUUUUCCAUGCUCCCUUUUUUCUCUCUCCCUCUAUUCCAUCUAUCUCUGUUGUUACCGUACCCCUCUUUCUCUACUUUCAACUACUCUCGAGAUUGAGAUGGAACAUGACAAAAGGUGGCAUCACUGGGGACGUGUUGGAAGGCACCGACGAGACUGUACUGAUUGAUAUGACGCCAUUUUACUAACCUUUUCGGCGCGGUUCGUGGUUGAUCACGGAUAGUACUACGCUUUGUAUCAUCGUUUACGAGCGUUAUCGUAAUAUCCGCGUACAGUCGAUCGCACACAUUUCUACGAGGAAAAACACGAAGAACGAAUUUGAAUAGGACUGUGCCGAGAAGUGGAUAGAGUCCGGGUUAGUGAUUCCGAGUUGAGCUCUUUACACGCAAUAAAAAGUCGCGCCGUUCCUUUGCCAUUCGAUCUCGCCGACCGGCCACGCUCGGACUCUACGGCAUUGUCUCCUCGGAACACGUCGUUAAAACAUUACGUUGAUGUACUUCAUCUUUGACGCGACUUCGAUCGCUCUUUCGUCUCUGAAGACGGGCCAAGGAGGGAAAAUCAAAGUAUGCAGGAUCAUCACGUAUGAGACUUCAUAAUGUUUUCAUCCAAGAUAUUGUACGAGAUAGAGUUUACGUAUUUUGGAGUAAACAUUUGCGUUCUUAAAUUAAUGCAGGUAACAUUGUUCUAGCAGUCUGCAUUAUUAUGGAAGAUGAAGAUGGUGAGAGUAAAAUUAUGGACAUGUGGAGCAUUUUGGGAGAUCAACAGCUCAAAGAUCCAACAUUUGGCAAUACUCUAAAACAUUCUGUUGAUAACGUGUAUAUCGAUACGAUCGAAGAAGGGAAACGAAUAAAUAGAUAUAAUUCAGUAACUCCUAAAGAUUCACCAAGUAGGAAUACUGGAUCGAAAAUUGUAUUCAAAGGUUUUAAAAAACGUAUCUUGGCUCAAGCUCAGGAGAUACAAUCGGUUGCUUCUAAAAACUUUUCCCAAGAGCAAAUAUCCCAUUCUAAUGUAUCAGCAAAAAUUAAUAAAGAAAAAAGAACCGAAAGUAAAAGGGGGAAGAUAACAGAGUAUGCUCAAUAUUUGGGACUUCAACCUUCUUCAAAGUUAAAGUGUUCUAAGUGUCAUUCUUCUACAAAUUCUACUUUCACGAAUUUAAAGCAAAGUCAGUGCGUGUGUAAUACUGCCAUGGCACCGAUGCAAGGAUUACCGAGCACGUCUGAAACAUCCUCUCAAUCACAUGCUGCUAACUUUAAAAUUACAAGGAAAGUAUAUCUGUGCGCAGCUUGUGGUACUUAUUUUGAAAAUUGGAAUUUGUUUUUACAUAUGAGGGAUAUACAUAAACGCCAUAUAUGUCUGUUUUGUCUAGGAAUGUUUGGACAAGCAGAAAGAUUAUCUUAUCAUUUGUCUAAGAAACAUAGUGUACCAGAAAUGGGAUUUAACUCUGUUGAAGACUUUUACAGUGCUUUCAAAGGAUCAUGUUAUUUGGUUUGUUGCACUUGCGAAAAGAUGUUCUCUGAAACAGAUAAUUUCUAUAACCAUUUUUGUUCUCCCCCGACUAAACAGGAAGCUUCUACAACUGUCUGCUCUUUAUGUCAAACAGGCUCGCAUGCAAAUACUUGUGCUCUAGCAGUUGAAUCUAAUAAAGAAGCAGAUCCUGUGGUACCUGUUACGACGACUGUACAAACAGGAACGGUAUCAACGUUUGUCGUUGAGAAACCAACAAAUGGUAAUAACAAAGGAACGUCAAGAAAAGUAAUUAAAAAUAAUAGGAAUAAACAUGGGGAGGAUAGUAUAUCUAAUUCUUGUCAGCAACAUGCGAAAAAGGUUAAUGCAAAAGCAGUUACUUCACAAUCUAAUGAAAAUAAACUUUCCUCAGAUACAAUGAUUAGAGAUGGAAAUAUACAAGAUGAGAUUAAUGUAACCAGGGAUACGGUGUCAGAAACAAUAAUGGAGGUAUCCAAAUGUAUUGACGAUUCCCGUAGCAAUGAAGUAGAGCAAAAAGAAGAUCAUAUAUCUUCUAUAGUAAAAGCAUCUCCAGAGAAUUCUUUAAUUCAAAAUAAUAAUGAAAUUGAACCCUAUGAUAGUGUGACUCAAACUAUUAUGGAGGUUUCACGUUGUACAAAUGAUACUGAGGAGGACGAAGAUAUACCAAAAGCAAAUAAAACUGAUGCAAUGAUAUUAUUUGAUGCAGACAUAACUAGUAAUGGAAAAUCACAGACUGAAAAUAAAUGUAAUAAAAUGGAUAGCAUUCCUUUAGAAACCACGACAAAUGAAGAAUUACAUGAAAUUAAUUCUGAGCAUCAAAUAACAAAAGAUAUGGAUCUAGCGGAGAAAGAUGAAAAGGUAGAGGAAAUGUCUAAAACGAAGUUUGACUUAGAGUCUCACUCAUCGUCGAGUCCUGUUCAUAGUCCAAUUAGUCGAUCGUUAUUUAGUCCCCAACAUGAAUCACAGCAAGAUCUCCAACCAAAGGAAGAAUAUCCUGAUGAUGGUAGUAAACAUGUUGAAGCUGCACCGCCUACAGAAUCUCAAACGUCAGUUUCGUUUAAUACUGCCCCUGCGUCUGACAGAAGUUUAGUAAUUAAAAUUUGUACAAAUAAGAAUUCGCAAUUUUCUGUAAGUUCGACGGGAAAUGUAGAAACUCAUAAUAUUAGUAGAGAUUCCGAAGAGAAUAACAAUGCGGAAGAAGAAUCAACAUCAGAAGAGAAGCUUUUAAGUCUAACACAGAAGGAUAAGGAUAAUGUAGAAAGUAAUCAAAUAAACGAAGCCGAUAGUGAUUCCGAUAGCUAUAAAUUAGCUGUAAUAGAUAGUAAUGCGGAAGAUGAUAUUAAUGAAUUAGAUCAAUCUGAGGAUAUAGCGGUGAAGGCUAAAUCAAGCAUGGAAAUGAAAGAAAAUACGAGUGUACAAGAAGAGAAAGAGGAAUUCGGUAUAGGUGAAAAUGCAAAUGGUGAAUUUAGCACAACAGAACCGUAUAAUGAUGUGAAAAAAGAUGCCAUAAAUUGUGCUCCAGAAUUAGCAUCCCAGCCGAGCGACGGUAUAGUUUUAGCUGGAGAAGAUGUCCCACCUAUAGAUCUUAAUGUCGAAGGUACAUUAGAUAGUACAGAGAUAGAAGACUUAUUGAAAAAAUGUAUAGAAGCAGCUAGUCCGUUUUGUGUCUACUGCAAUCACGCACGCCAUAUAGCUGUAAAUGGAAAACAAUUAGGAUUACAUAUGCUUUCUGAGCAUAAAUUUCAUCCACAGCAUCCGGCUAUAAUUAUACAACCGGAACAAUUUACGGUAAGAGUAAAAAAGUCUCUGGAGGAACUCGAAACGAAUUACUUCAAUCUCGAUACGUACAGCAGCACAAAUGGUACCUAUAAUAUUCAAACUGUUAGGACAUAUGAAUGUUUUCACUGUAGAUAUAAUUCUGCAAUACACAAAGAACUAUAUACUCACCAUCGAAAAAUGCAUCAAAAGACAAUUUUAAUUUGUAUAAUGUGUAAAUCGACGUUUUAUAGUUACAGUGAAUUGUUAUGUCAUUUAUGUCCAGGCGUAUAUUCACCGAAUAUAAAUGUCAAGUAUAGAUGUUGUCUUUGUUCUAUUAGUAGUCUUCCAUCUGCAUUCAGAUUAAUGGUACAUUUACGAAAGAGUCAUCAUGCUUGCGACGUAUGCUUGGAGACUACUGGAAAUCAACAACGAUUGUCGAAUCACGUAUGGAAGCACAAGUUACAUCAUUUGUGUUAUCGAUGCGGCAUAGCGUACAGAAACAAGCCCGAUAUUACGAAACACCUUUUCUGGAAGCACGGCACCGAAAGUGUUCUAUGUAAAAAAUGUUUACAAAAGAAAUGGCCGCAUAUUUAUCAUUUCUGUAUCCCACCUACGGCUUUCGUUUGCGAAGAAUGUGGUUCCAGCUUUAGUCGCGCAGUAGCCCUAAAGGUUCAUAAAAGAUUACAUUCGGGAGAUCAACCGUACUCUUGUAGCGAAUGCUCUGAACGUUUCAUCUCACAAAGGCUCUUGACUAAACACGAAGAAAGUCAUAAAGAGCCACCACCCGUAGACGUUUGCACGGUAGAUGCGACGAACAAUCAGCUUUCGAUUGCCGAUGAGAAAUCUGAUAAAGAUAAAACAAAUGCCGUGGAUCACUUAGCGUUGAGCACCUCGGAAGGUACAAAAGAUGUUAAGGAGACUGUAAAAAAGGUGGUAGAUGUUUACGAUUUGCCGCCGCUCAAUUUAUCCUCCGAUAGCGAGAGCGAGACCGAAGAAGCGAAGGACGAUAUCAAGAAGAAUGAGGAAAGCGCGGAGAAAAAUGAGGUAACCUCCGAGCGAGGUAACACGGAGGUAACGGUGUCACCUUUAAUAUCCGCUAAAGCAGCAUCACCGUUACAAGCCAAUGAUAAUAUAGCAGACGAAGAGGAAAACGAAGAGGAAAAGAAACAAGAAGCAAAAAUAAUGGAUGGCAUUUGGGAUAAUUUUAAAUCAUAUACGGCCAGCUUGGAGAUGCAAGAAUCGGUCAAUCUUUCCAACAAAGAACCCGAACCUGAAAUAGACGUUGCAUUUUUGAGGAGUAUUGUUUUGGCCGAUCACGAUUAUUGCGUCGUAUGGUCGGAGAAAGAAAAAAAUACCGAAGGCGUAGCUAAAGAAGAUGAGAAAGGAACGGGUAACGUCGAUUUCUCUGAUUACGCCAACAACAAGCUACAAAGAAGCCCAUCCGCUGGUAGUUUAGCACAAAAUACUGGCUGUGAGAGCGAUGUAAAUAAGAAAAAAGGGAAAAGUCCUAAGAAGAAGAAACAAAAUGGUAGUACAUCUUCGAGCGAUUCUUCUAGCGAAAGCGACUCGAGCAGCUGUUCCUGCGGUACCAAUUGUAGUUGUAGUAGCUCGUCGUCCGGUAGUUCCUCGAGUUCCAGUAGUAGCUCCGAUUCCGAUAGUUCUGCAUCGGAAAGUUCUCCCCGUAAAUCGUCCAAUCGUAAAGAACGUAAGAAGGAAAAAGAAGUUGAUCAGAAGAAUCAACCUGGUGCCGCGGAAAAUGAAAAUAAGGAAGCACCCAUCGAAGUGGACAAUGUAACCGACGUACCCAUCGAACCGAUUUCUCUUCCCAAACCAUUGUUAAGGGAAUCGGAUUUAGAAACGGACGAGACCUUAACGGAUGAGGACUUUUAUGACGAGCAUCCGCAGCAACUUGCUAAUAAAUUAUUGGCAGAAAAGAGAAAUCAGCUGUUGUUGCUUGCAGCCGUUGCACCAGCUUCGACGGAAUCGGGAAUUCCAUUGAACAACGGUAUAACGGACGAAAGUUGUGUUACUCCAUCGCCCAAUCCAACGCCCAGCGUCGAGGAUCAACCGCAGCAACAAAAAAAGAAAGUAAAAACGAAAAAACGUAAGCGGGGCGAGAGGGGUAAGCAACGCGUCGUUACUACUCCAAUGGUGGAAUCAUUGAAGCUUAACAUUCCUAAAGCGUAUUAUCAGAAGAAUUCAAACUUCUCCGUCUCCUCGGCAACGAUGAUCGGCCAUCAUCAACAUCAUCAGCUUGGUAGAUCGUCGACGCCGAAUCUUAUCACGAACGAUAUUCAAACGGCUGUAACGGCGGUCGAAUCUCAUCCUCAUACAAAUCAGAAUAUCGGUGGUAGCGGUUCCGAAACGGAGAACAAAAGAUCAUCGAAGAGGAAACGUAUACCAAAGCGUUUUUAUGGCGACUCCAGCGACGAGGAGACGGAGAAGCAGCCGACAAUGAAAUGGAGGAAGGUCGUCGAGGCACCGUCUUUCGUACCUGCACCAAAUCCCAAGCCUCUACAGCAACGAUUAUCUUUUGGUGGAAAGACUGUGGCUUAUAGGUCGAAUGUCGUUGAGACUCAUACCGAAUCGCUUUUGAACGUGACGGCAACAUCCGCGACGGAGUCCGAGGGACCGGCAGAUAGUAGUAGCGAAUCCAGUGGUUCCGAUGUUGAAAUGUCGAUUCAACAGCAAUCGCAGAGCCACGUUUCGGAGAGCAACCCACCGAUUACGGAGCGUCCAGUUAAUCUAUAUUGUUACUGUCAAUGUCCCUACGACGAGGUAUCCGAAAUGAUCGCUUGCGACGGCGAGGACUGUCGCAUCGAGUGGUUUCAUUUCGAGUGUGUCGGCAUUAUGGUGCCACCUAAGGGCAAGUGGUAUUGUCCAGACUGUAGGAAAAAGCAUGGUAUUGUGCAAAAUAGAGAAGACUAUUUCGAUUGAUAACGAUAGACGGUGCCUGCUUCGAUCUUCUAAGGAUAGCAUGGAUAUUGUGAGUGACCGUUUUAAAUCUUAAUACCAAGCUCACUUAAAAUUAAGUUUAGACGUACUCAUAGCGUUUACCUUUCUUUCUUCUUGGUAAAAAAAAAAGAAAAAAAACAAAAAAACAAAAAAACAAAAAAUGAUAUACGCUGUUCCAUGUUGAUAUUUUUCUUAAGCCAAUAACAAGAAUGUUUGUAUAUAAUUGUAAAUAUGCCCUAGAGUUUAUAACAAUGAAAUAAGGUUUUUUGUGUACAUUUGUUUGUACUUCUUUUAACGAUGAAAUGCCGUGUAUAGACUUCAAUUUAGAUGAUAGGCGGUGUGUAACAUCGGUUUUUAGGACUGUAGACUGCAUUGCGCCAGGGAUGCAAAAUUUCUUGAAUGUGAAGAGAGAGAGAGAGAGAGAGAGAGAGAGAGAGAGCACGCGCGCGAGAGUGGGGAGGGCUGUGUUUUAUGAAUUCAAUUUACAGUUGCGCCCGAUCCGACAGUCGGCACUGCUGGCGGUGUCCAUGCCUCCAUUGUACGAACAAUCGUUUAACCAUGUGCUUGACUAUUGGUUUUUGAUGAAACGUUGAACCUCGGUUGUGAAGUCGGGAUAUUGAUACGAAUCACGGUCCAUUUUAUAGCUGGAAUAGCUUCAAUUUUAUAAUUUAAUGUGUUAAGUUUCUUUGAUGUUAUUUACUUAACGCGUUAACGUUGAAAAGAAAUAGAUGCUCUCGUCGUCUAAAAUUGUUGAUCUUACUUUUUCUCUUAUAGUUUCUUCACGCUUUUAGAAAAAAAAAAAAAAAAAAAAUAUGGUUCAUAAAACAAAUGGGUCUUUCGUUAUUUCUAGUCUAUCGCGUAACGCGUUGUAUGGAGAGAGAAAAGAAAAAAAAAAGAAAAAAGAAAAAAGAUAGGAAAAAAGAUGUUCUUCAUUACAGAUAUGGAUGACACUGCAAUUAUACACCUUGCUACGCUAAUUCAGCGCUUCAAAAGUUAUUGGGCCUAUUAUCAACAUUGUUUCUCUUACAGAUUGCGGAUCCAUUCGCAAUGGCAUAAUCCUGAUUAAUGCAUAUUCCAUUUAAAUUAGAAAUGUGUAAAUGACAUACCGCUGGCACUGCGUUGCUAUAGGUGUCGAGAUCAAAUGAACAAAUAAAACAAUACUUACAGUUAGAACUAUCGUAGCUCAGAUAAGGAAAUUGCGUUCCUAAUGGGACAAGCGGUGUAAUAAUUAGUCGCAUAAGAUGGCACAAGACAUACGACUGCUGAUCGUGUAAUAUCAUGCAGCACAUUGUUAGUAUAUAAUUUUUAAUAAAUUUCUGCCUAUACUUCUUUAAGUCCAUUUCAUAAAGUUAUUCUUGAAAUCUGCCGCAUUAAUGCCUGGAUGUAUUAUCGCUUUUAUCGUAGCUUUUGAAAACAUUUCGAAUUAAUGUUAAUUAAAAUAUCUCAAUUUUUUUCUUUCUUAUUAAUACAAAAAAAUUAACUUGAUAAUUCAAAGUGAAGUGACUUUAACUCAUAAUGAAAUUAUCCGAAAUAAAUACUAUUAAAAAUAUGUUUAGAUCAUUGAUCAGUAUUAUGAAAUGGAUAUAGAAGAAAGGGAUAGUUCUUCUAUUGUCAUUGAAAAUGUUUCAGUUUUACAAAUUUUAAUCUCGUACAUAUUUUUAAUAAGAUUAUUAAAAAAAAAAAAAAAAGAAAAGAAAAAAAAAGAACUUUGAUCAUAUACUGCGCUUAUUUUGAUUGCAAAUUUAAAUAUUUUUAUUAAUGAAAAUCUUUCAAAUAGUGCAAUCGUCCUUUCCUCUCUUUCUCCCCGUAAAAUUAAUUGAAACAUGUAACGCAAGAUAGACACGGUUUUUCCAUCAUUUCUUUAUUACCUUAGAUAACUUUCAUAAUGUAUAUAAAAAUUGAGUAAAAAAAAUUGUAUCGGCAGUGCGGCAAACAUCACGUAAUUUUAUUCUCAGCCCUCAUCUUCUCCAACAAAUCAACACCCAAAAUAACCGUGACAAAAUCUUUGUAAGAUAUCCUCUGUAUCAUAAAAUAAUAAUACAUUAAUUUUCGAAAGCCUA